AUGGACACACGCCUACACGUCUACUAUCCGCGGCGGACGCUCGUGCUGUCCGAAUACAUCCCACGGCUCAACCUGACGCAGCCACGACAGGAGCAGCACCAGCCGCCCAAUGUCCUGCUGUUCAUCGGUGGCAUGUACGACAACUUCCGGUCGCCGCGUUAUGUCGACGACCUGGCGGCGUUGUUCCCCCGCAACGAGCCGGAUCAGAAGUGGAGUGUCUUCCAUGUUCAACUGAGCUCGGCGGGCAAGAGUUUUGGUUUGGUCGAUUUGGAUCGUGAUGUCGAAGAGGUCGGCGAGGCGAUUAACUAUAUCAGAAGGUCGAUCACGAAGUCAGCCACCACACCCGUGGUCAUCAUGGGACAUAGCACGGGCUGUCAGGACUCGAUGCAUUACAUGUGCUCAGCAAUCCCAUCGUCGCCAACAUAUUCGUCGUCCUCAUCUUCAUCCUCGUCAUCUUCUUCAUCCUCAUCAUCUCAAUCAACAUCAACAUCAACAUCAACAUCAACACUCCCGAAACCCAUCCGGCCCACCAUCUCCGGCCUGAUCCUCCAAGCCCCCGUCUCCGACCGACAAGCGAUCCUGGAUGCGAUCGACAAAAAGUCCGCCGUCGCCGACGCCUACAAAGAAGCACUGCAGCUGUGCGCCUCGACGCCCAAGCCACUGCACUCCAAAGCCCUGCUCCCUUGGCACCUGUCAUACCCACUGGUCGGGUCGAUUCCCAUGACGCUCGCGCGGUUCCUCAGUCUCGCGUCGCCGGAAAGCCCCGCGUCACCCGCCGCCGACGACUACUUCUCCUCGGACCUCGGCGACGACAUCUUCCGCGGCACGUUCGGCAAGCUCGCGGGCUGCGGACACGUGGUCCCCUCGAAAAAGCCGGACGCGAAGGAUUCGACAGAGGCCGCGCAGAAAAGCCUCCUGGUGCUCAUCUCCGGCAGCGACGAGCACGUCAACAAGCGCAUCGACAAGGCGGAGCUGAUGGCACGGUGGAAGAAAGCCAUCCUCGCAGGCGGAGCGGGUGAGCCCACAACUCCCGCUGUCGCCUCACAAGGACACUCCGAGCCCAGGGCCGUCCUCUCGCCGCAUUCCCUCGUCGUCAAGAACGCGCUGCACGACAUCUCGGGCGCGAGUGUGGAGACGCGGACGGCGCGCUUGGUCGACAUGCGCGGUGCGGUGCUGUCGUAUCUGAGCGAUGUGGUGGGCGAUCUCGAUGGGGGGAGGGAGGAUGCUAAGACUGGGCCGUGGAAGAUCUGGCGCGAUGAUCGCGAUGCCAUUGAGGCUGAGAGGGCCGUUCAGGGGAUUAAACUCUAG